UAUAUUAUUUCAGAGGGAGAGAGAGAGAGAGAGAGAGUCAUCCAAUUCCCAAACGCGAGCUCGAGAAAUCGUCUGCUUGUUGGAGAAAUUAUCAUCCAAAUCUCUGGUCGCUUUGCGCAUGGAUGAUUCUUCCGAUCAAGAAAAGGGCGUCAAUUCCUCGUCGUAUCAUCAAGAAUGGAGGGACGAUCUUUUGGCACGCAGAGCGCAGGAAUCGCUUAAGAAAAAACUGGUUCUUGAAGAUGAUUUCGCGUGGGGAGUGCCCUCGCAAGGUUUGGCAUCCGGGGAUGGGUCAACGAGGGACAAGCUCAAGUACAUCGGAGGAGUCGAUAUAAGCUUCUUAAAGAAGGAUCCUUCGGUGUCGUGCGGUGCUCUUGUGGUGCUGGAUGCUGAUACUCUGGACGUUGUGCACGAAGAGUUUGAGGUUACCCGUCUGCAGGUUCCGUAUGUUCCUGGCUUUCUUGCAUUCAGAGAGGCUCCAAUGCUUCUGGGGCUUCUGAACAAAAUGAAAGCAAAUGCUCAUCCUUUCUAUCCUCAGUUACUGAUGGUUGAUGGCAAUGGAUUGCUUCAUCCUCGAGGUCUUGGUCUAGCUUGUCAUCUUGGGAUCCUGGCUAAUCUUCCAACUAUUGGAAUCGGGAAAAAUUUGCAUCAUGUUGACGGACUAACUCAGUCUGCGGUGCGACAAAGUUUAGAAGCAAGAGAAAACUAUGACAAGGAUCUGAUCUUCUUAACUGGAAAGUCUGGGAAAACUUGGGGAGUGGCAAUGCGAUCCAGUCUUGGGUCAUCAAAACCUAUUUAUGUGUCAAUUGGUCAUCGGAUAUCACUUGAUUCUGCCAUUAGCAUCGUCAAAACAUGCUGCAAAUAUCGCAUUCCUGAGCCAAUUCGACAGGCUGAUAUAAGAUCCAAGAUGUUCCUACAGAAGUUCAAAGGACUGUAGACCUUGGUCAUAAGUUGGACACAAGGCCAUCUAUCUAUCAGAGGUAUCAAGAGGGCAUGAAGACCUACCUACGCUUAGAAAGAACUCUUUCCAACAUGAAGGCUUAGCUCAAUUGGACCUUCUCUUGUUUGACAAUGACGAUGCGAUGAUUUUUUUGAUGUGAAGGCAUAGCUCAAAGGUAACUUUUAAGAUGAAUUUUCAGUUUGGAGGAUAAGCUCAAAUGAAAAUACAUGGCAAUCAAGGGAAACUCCCAUCAAUCAAAGCUGAGUCAGUUGCUGCUGUUCAUGAUCAUAUUAGCAGGUUGUCAAUGUUCUUCUUUAGCACUGUGAGCAGUCAUUUUUGUUGUUAUUAUUAGUAUCACCAUAAAUGCAAAGAUGAGGAUGACAAAGAGACAUUUUUGGUUCAAACAAUUAAAUAUAUUUUUCGUAUCAUGAAACAA